AUGGGGAAAGAUUUAGACUUGAACAGUACGCAGAACCUGGUGCAUCCAGACUGGGAAAUAAAAGAUCCGACGCCUGAUAUAUACGCGCUGUUCGCGGUCUUUAAUCAAAAAUUCUUCCAAACUCGAUUGUCUUGCGUCCAACUGGAAUGGAGCAAGAAAAUGUACAACUGUGCCGGUAUCUGCUACCAACGGUCGAACCGCUUGGGAAAAAGCUGCAUCAUAAGACUGAGCGAGCCGCUGCUCAAAUUACGCCCGCGUAAAGAUUUAAUUCAAACGUUGCUACAUGAGAUGAUUCAUGCGUAUUGCUUCGUAUUAGGAAUCCGCGAAGGAAAUGGUGGCCAUGGUCCAACGUUCAAAAAAAUAAUGAACGGCAUCAAUAAAAUAGCCGGCACCAACAUCACGGUUUACCACAGUUUUCACGACGAAGUGGACCUCUACAAAACACACUGGUGGAAGUGUAAUGGCCCAUGCCAAAACAAACAUCCUUUUUAUGGGUUGGUGAAGCGGACAACUAAUCGCAAACCGGGAACGUAUGACUUUUGGUGGCAAGAACAUCAGAUGACGUGUGGUGGAGAAUUUGUGAAGAUACGGGAACCUUCACCCAAGCGCAAACGUGCAUUGAAAAACAAAGAAAACAUUAUGGGCUCACAAACACCCAAUGGUUUUAGCCGAUCUCAAGAGCCAAAACCGAAGUCUAGCCAAGGUAAUCAAAAGAAUGUAAUAUCGAACUAUUUCAACAACUCUACAUCAACUCGUACCACGCCGAAAAAACCCAUAUACACACCCGGAGCAAAGCCAAAUUACGGUGGUGGCACGUUGGUAAUACGAAAACCACCUGCUGCUACUGCUCAAACACGUAACGUAACACCGAAAAUUGAAGAUCCACCCACAUCAUCCCGGACGGUUUCAGCGCAAAAACCACCCCUGGAAGGUAAUUUGCGCAACGUGAAACAGUUUAAAGAUUUGCCACCUGAUGGGGAAGGUCCAUCCAAACGAGUAUCACCUCCAACUGCAGUGUUUACCGGUACAGGAUUCGUGCUUGGUUCGACGGGUAGCACGGGUGAGCGAAGAAGUCGACUGUUGGACAAAUUUCCGCCAACCACCGGUAGCAGCAGCAGCAACAGCAGCAGCAAGCCAACUUUGUCGAAAAAACCACGAACGGAAUGGAAACCCAAAACCGCCAGCACAAGCAACACGAUGGAGACCAGCAUACUCUCUGACGAUUCCGAUAACAUAUUCGACGAGAUAGAUUUGACGCAGGUGGGAAACAUCAAGAAGGAACGGACGGAAUCGAUCCGUAAGGAAAUCGUUGAUUCGCUCCCUAACGAUGAGCUGGAUGAAAUUAUUCUGAUCGACGACGAGUAUGAUGAUGAGUUGGCAGAUGAAGAAUUGUCUUCGGUCGAUAGUUCUUUGCUCGACCGAUCGGUGAUAGACGAGUUGUUUAACGAAAGCGACGAACUGAUCGAAGAUUUCAAUCGCACCAACGCACAAAUUAAGGUUGAAAAACCCGACGACGAAAUCGUAACCUGCCCGAUGUGUCUGAAACGGAUGACUCGUUCUAAGAUCGGUGAUCAUUUCGAAAGUUGUUACUCGCACAUUGCCGGCGAAACGAGCACCAGGGGAAGUAGAGGGCAAAGUACUGCGAACGAUGUUAGCCAACCAUCCACAUCGAAGGCCACCCCGUCAGGGAGCAGAACAACAUCAACGGCAUCUAAGAAAUUGGAAUCGGUUGAUUUGAUUACGGCACAGGAGCAGCUGUUGCGUGACUGUGGUUACGCAGAAGCGGACAUAGCGAAUGUGCUUCAAGACAUGAGCACGCAAGAUAUGCCGGCACCUAAUGUGGCUUCGCUCAGAGAGCAAAUGCUGCGUGAUUGUGGCUACACGGAAGCCGACAUUAGACGAGUAUUUGAUGAUGCAUCAUCGGAAGAUGCGUUGAACAAUGAUGUUGAAUUUAUAUCCGUUGUGGAAAACUGUGAAUGCCCGAUCUGUGGUAAAACGGUGUCGCUAAGUACGAUCAAUCAACACAUCGACCAGUGUCUUGUAAAGUAG